AUGCACCCUGACGAGGCGGAGGGCAAGAUGGCGCCCGACCAUGGAGUACCCGAGCUGAGAGGCUCACAGGAACAGGGACAAGCCUCCUGCAAGUCGUCCACAGGCUCACAGGAACAGGAACAAGCCUCCUGCAAGUCGUCCACAGGCUCACAGGAACAGGAACAAGCCUCCUGCAAGUCGUCCACAGGCUCACAGGUACAGGGACAAGCCUCCUGCAAGUCGUCCAAGGCUCACAGGUACAGGGACAAGCCUCCUGCAAGUCGUCCACAGGCUCACAGGUACAGGGACAAGCCUCCUGCAAGUCGUCCACAGGCUCACAGGUACAGGGACAAGCCUCCUGCAAGUCGUCCACAGGCUCACAGGUACAGGGACAAGCCUCCUGCAAGUCGUCCACAGGCUCACAGGUACAGGGACAAGCCUCCUGCAAGUCGUCCACAGGCUCACAGGUACAGGGACAAGCCUCCUGCAAGUCGUCCACAGGCUCACAGGUACAGGGACAAGCCUCCUGCAAGUCGUCCACAGGCUCACAGGUACAGGGACAAGCCUCCUGCAAGUCGUCCACAGGCUCACAGGUACAGGGACAAGCCUCCUGCAAGUCGUCCACAGGCUCACAGGUACAGGGACAAGCCUCCUACAAGUCGUCCACAGGCUCACAUGUACAGGGACAAGCCUCCUGCAAGUCGUCCACAGGCUCACAUGUACAGGGACAAGCCUCCUGCAAGUCGUCCACAGGGUCACAUGUACAGGGACAAGCCUCCUACAAGUCGUCCACAGGGUCACAUGUACAGGGACAAGCCUCCUGCAAGUCGUCCACAGGCUCACAGGAACAGGGACAAGCCUCCUGCAAGUCGUCCACAGGCUCACAGGAACAGGGACAAGCCUCCUGCAAGUCGUCCACAGGCUCACAGGAACAGGGACAAGCCUCCUGCAAGUCGUCCACAGGCUCACAGGAACAGUGGAAAAGUCUCCUGCAAGUCGUCCACAGGCUCACAGGUACAGGGACAAGCCUCCUGCAAGUCGUCCACAGGCUCACAGGAACAGGGACAAGCCUCCUGCAAGUCGUGCACAAGCUCACAGGAACUUCUACA